UUUCGUCCGGGUUAAUCGUUGCCAUGGUUACAUUUUGUUUGGAGGCAAUGGACUGGCUCUUCCAGAGGAGGUGAAGUCUAGGUAGCUCUGAAAGUUCGAGGCCACCUGGUGGGGCCGCACCCGAACCAGUUCCCCGACGGCUUCCGGGUGAGGUGGUCUCGGGUUGGGUGGACCGAAGAGAAAGAGGCGGCACGUGGGACGAGGCCCGGCCCCAUCCCCCCCACUCUACCCUGGACAGGAGCGGAGCCUCCCCUGAUACCCGCGUGAAGUGAGGCGAUCAGUGGGAUCCAAAUUGCUCUAGCAGUUGCCCUAGAGUGGAGCAGGCCACCUCAAUAGAAAGAAUGUGGGAUGAUAAAGAUAUUGAAGCAGAGCUGGAAGAAGAAAUAAAAGCUGAAUUGGAUAAAAUCAGCGUUUCAUCUUUGGAGAUAAGUGAAGAGACAUACUCACCAUCUGAUGUUGGUAGUGAGAGUGAUUCAGGAGAAGAAAACUUACCUGAGUCAGUUCUUUACUGUAUUCAAGUCAUAAAGAAUCAGAGUAAAAAUGCUGAAAAUCUUAUUCUCCAGGACUUGGAAGAGCCUGACAUUUCAAGUCCUAGUUAUGGAGCAGUUUCCAACAAUCCCACAGAUUUUUUGGAAGAAUUAACAGUUAAUUUUCAUGAAAAUGCAUUAGAAUUAAAAAAGAGGAUGUUACUUAAAAUACAAGAUGAAUUACAGACAAAUUUAAUCUUUAAUGAAGUUCCUAAUUCUACUGAGCCUCCUAAUUUACCUGCUAAUGAACAUCUUUCUUCAGGUGAUACUGACACAAUAAGCUUUGGAUAUGUUGAAGUCGAGGAGAAAUGUCGGCAGUCUUUUGCAGCAUGGGAGGACAAGCAACGAAAACUGGAGAACUGGGAGAAUGAAAAGCUAAAAGCUCAAAGGGAUAGGGAUGAACAAGUGUUGAAAGAGGAAGAAGAAAAGAUACAUUGCCGGAUGAAGCAAUUUGAAAUGGAAAAGAGAAGAAUAGAAAAUAUUCAUAAGAAAGAAGAAGAAAAGAUAAAUAUUGAAAUGAAGCAACAACAGAAAUUGUGGGAAGAGAAUUUAAAAGAACAUGAGGAAUUCAUCAGGCAACUACAACUAAAAAUGGAGGUGGAAAGAAGAGGUUUGGAAGACCUAAAGGUCAAAGAAAGCCAGCGUUUGUCAAAUCUGCAGCAUAAUGCAGCCAUCAAAAUCCAAGCUAGGUAUAGAACAUUUGUAGCUUAUCAAAAGUAUGGAUCGACUAUAAAAGAACGGGUAGAGUGCAGUAAGAGGAAGAAAGAGAUGCUAGAAAAACAAAACCAAGAGUGGAAAGAAAUGGUGUGUAAAUUCCGACAAAAGGAUGAAGAAAGAAAGAAAAAAGCUGAUGAGAGACAGAAAAGACAUGAUGAAAUAAAUUGUCAAAGACAGAAAGAGCAUGAGAAAAGGCAGGAGGAAUAUGAAAAAAAGAAGAACAUUUUAAAAUGGAAAAAAGAGCAAGAAAUGUCAGUAGUUGAAGUUAGAAAAAGAGAAGAGCUGUCCAGAGAAUUGGUAAUGAAAAAAGAAAACAAAAAAAGGAGAGAUUUGAUGAUGAAAAAAGGAAAUAAAAAAAGAGGAGCUAUUUCCAAAGAAAUUUCAGUGAAAAAUUUUACAAAGAAAGAAGAGAAAGAAGAUAUAGUCAUGAAACCAUUACUGAAAGAAUUCAGUGAAAACAAUGAUAUAGUCAAAUUUAUAUCAAAAGAUGAAGAAGAAGGAAAGAAAGAAAAAUAUAUAGAUGAACAGAAAACUAUGCAAAAAUUAAAGCAAGAACCACCCAAGGAAAUCAUAUCAAGACAAGUAAUAAUGAUGGAAUUUAAAAAAGAUGAGAAUGAAAAUCUAGUCAAAUGUCAAGAGCUGGAUGAAUUCCAAAAGGAAAAAAGACUAAAUGACAAUCUAGCCAAAGAUUCUAUUAAAUCACCAAGAAAUACAUUUAAUAAAAAUACAACAAACCACCUAGAAUUAGAUAAGCAAAGAGAAAAAGGGAGUUUAGUCAAUGAAGAUAAAGAAAAUGAAUGGCAAGAAGACAGGGAGGAUGAGUGGGUGAGUUAUGAUCCAGAACAGAAUGGAAACAUACAGGAUCAGGAAGAAGAUUCUGAAAUAAUAAAAGAAGAAAGAGAAAUGAAUGGAAAAAAUCAGGAAGAGGAGGAAGAUAUCUUCAAAACUACACUGAACCACAUUUUUUCACUCGUAAAAGAAAGUAAUGAAAACACCAUUAGCAGUGCCAGCAUGAUGGCACCAGACAAAGAAUGUGAACCACAAACUCUUGAAAAUGAUGGAAGUGAGGAAACAAAUAUUCUGACAGAUGGCAAAACUCUAAUUCUUAACACCUCCGAUAUAGUUCUAAAAGUGGAAGGUAAUUUAUGCAAGGAAAAAAUUGUUCCCUGUGUACCAAUAUCAUAUGAAUGCUCAGAUGACUCUGAUAGGCUCUCAUCGACAUCUGAAGAAACCAUAACUGCUCAAUCUGUUUUGAACGAAAUGCUUGGGGGUGAAACGCCGAAAGAGUUUUGUGGACAUAGAACAAAAAGUAAAGGCUUGUCUACUAAUUCUCUAAGUAAGGAAGCAGUUUCAGCUUUAGUUGAAGAAAAGAGAAUAGCGUGGAUAAAGGCCUGUCAACCUUGGCUUGAAAUCUUUAGGGAAAACCAAAUUAAGAAGGUAGUUAAAAGAAACAGACCUAGGAAGUCCUCAGUCAGCAAGCUGCCUCCUCUGAAUUCAAUUGCAAUCCUUCAAGGGGGCCUGUGGACUACCUUACAACAGGUUACAACAGUAACAUUUCAGGAUUUGCCGGGUUGUAGUCUUUCCACGUUGUCAGAAUGUACAAGUCUUCAAUUCUUGACUCUUAGGCAUUGCGGAUUAACUGCUCUGGAAGGACUGAAUAACUGUAAAAAAUUGAAAUAUAUUGAUGUACAGGAAAAUCAGAUUCAGGUUAUAAAUUGUGAGAAUUUAGAAAAUCUCUGCAUCCUUCUUCUGAAUGACAAUGAAAUAACUUCUUUUCAUGGAUUGGAUGGCUGUAGUAAUCUUCGAAAUAUUGAAGUUUCAUAUAACAAGAUCACUAGAAUUGGUGGAUUAGAAUCUUUGAAAUCUCUUCAGCAACUAAUUGUGGAUCACAAUCUGCUUAUGAGUACCAGAGGUCUUUGCAGUGUUCCAACUAUUAUACACCUGGAUUGCUCUUAUAAUAAUCUUACUAAAGUUGAAGGCAUUACAGACUGUGGCUUACUUCAGAUUUUGAAGUUACAGGGAAAUUACCUAAAUGAGCUUCCGUCUCUGAAGAAUCACGUUCUGCUCAGAGAAUUAUACUUGGAUGACAACAGUAUUUCAACAUUGGAAAUGUUCUCUUCCUACUGGCUUCCUUUAUUACAGAUUCUAACUGUCUCUCAAAACAGUUUGACUGCAAUUGUGCCACUCUUUCCAUUUGUUUCAUUGGAAAAACUUGAUGUCAGUAACAACUGCCUUUCAGAUCUUACAGGUGUCACCAAGUGGUUUGAUGCAUGUUUUAAUCUAUGUGACUUAUCACUAAUUGGAAACCCCCUUCUCCAAGAAAGAAACUGGAGGCAUUCCAUACUUGAAAUCUUACCUACUCUAAGAAUUCUCAAUGGUGAAACAGUUAAUUCUGAUUCAUUCAACAAUCAGAUUUGUACAGAACCAGGCAGUUUUUCUGCAAUCUGCCAGACCCAGACCCAGGAACUUAACUUAAUAGUUAAAAAAUGCAUCACUGGAAAAAGAAGUAUCCACUCCUCAGAUGUCAUAGACAACUUGUGCUGUUAUUUUAAUGAAUUGAUGAAACUUAGUAGUGAGUACAGAAAUUAUCAUGAACAUGAAAAUUUCAAGAUCACUGAUAGAGAUGAAGAUUUAAAUAUCAUGGAGAAAGACCAAUCAGAAGUACAGCAAGAUCCUACAAAAACAGUAGUCAAUAGCAGCCCACAGCAAAGCAACAUUUUUGUUACUGAGGUAAAUGAAAAGGAACAGGAAUUUCCCCAAACUUCUCCAAAAACAGUUCCUCGUGACAUUUACCCUGGAUUCAUCACAAUCUCCAAACAUAAGCAAAGAGAGAGAACAGAUCAAGACCAAAGAGUCCAUAGGAAGAGGAAGAGCAAGAGCAUUAAGACCACAAAAAUUCAUAACAAGGACAACACUGUCACUGAUACAUUAAAUACAACUGAAACGGAAAAGAAUUUCCAACAUAUUCAGGAUGAUGACAAAAAGAAGUCAAAGGAAGGAUCCUCCAUUCGAAUGCAGAUUAAUUUCUGUACUAUAAAGAAUAUGGCUGCAAUAAUAAUACAGAGAGCUUGGCGAAAUGGCUUUUUGAAGACACAGAUUGCUAUGAAAAAAAGAAAAUGUAGCACCACUGAUAUGCAUACACAGAGGGAAAAGGCUGCAACACGUAUUCAGGCAGUUUGGAAAGGCUUCUUAUUGCGGAAGAAGCUGGCCAAAGCGCUAGCUUCCAUUAAAAAUGAAGUUCUUGAGGAUGACUAUGAAGAAAUCAACCUUGAUGACUUUACGUUUGAUGAAACUGCCUUAGAGAAAGAAUGGCUCUCUUUGGAUUCCACUGACUUCCCUUCCAAAACACAGGAUCUCUCAAUCGAGGUGCAGCAGCCAAAGUAUUCGGGAUAUUUGUCUUCUGAUGACACUUCACUUAAUUUACCAUGUCAUCCAGAUCAAGCUUGGCAAUGUAAUGAGAGAGGAAAUCCAUUCUCUCCUGAAGACUUUCAGUUUACUGACAGAUCAGAAAGUCAAAAAUUGUCCACACCAUCCGAUUUGAAGAGUUAUUUGAAAAUGUCCCUAAGAUCUAAAAAAGAAGAAAAAAUUUCAGAAGAAUGGGGCUUUAAAGAUAUCUCUACUGCUCAGUUGAUGCUAAAGAGAGCCCAGAAAAUGAAAUCUAAGAAAGCAAAGCAUAAACUAGACCCUGCUGUGCGCCUGGCAUUGUUCAAAAAUAAUGGAAAUAAACAUCACGGUAUGAAGGCCUCAAAGAAAGGACACCUUCCCAGACAAGAAUGUUUUGAAGUUGAUGAUGAAGAACAUAACAGUGAAGAUGUACCUAUUUCCAGUGAAAAAACUGAGCAUAGUAAAGAGCUGACCUACCAAUGGCUCCAUACACAAGUUGGGAGUUAUGAAACAACCCUCCCCAAAAAUGUGAAAUGCCAGAAUCACUUCUUGCCUGUGUUAGAUCCAGAUGUACUUAAUGGUGGGCGAGUUCAACUUGUGGCAAGACUUGUAAGGAGAGAAGACAUGGAUGUAGACCUUGUUUCCAUGAACACUGGGAAUGCUUUGGCUCAGAACAGAGAAAAAAAUAAUCAGGCAUCCAGAUACCCAGCAGAAUCUUCAUUUUUAUAGGUCUUAUCUUCCAAGUAGUGGACAAUUCUCCCAAAUACAUUAAGGAAAUAGCUGCUCCAGGGAUUGCUAAGAAAAAAUGUAUAUCACUUCGAGACUAUCCAGCACAGUUCAGCGAUGGAGGGGAAAGUGGGAAAAGGAAGGCGAAAACUUUCAACUAAUCUUGCAAACUUCAACAUGCAAAACAUAUGGCGAACUGUUUCUUUUCAAGAGGUCUGUGAAUAUCUGGUUAUAUGUUACCAAUUGGAUACAAAGUUUUAGAGUACUGCAUUUAAUUUGUUUUACUAUACAUGUUUUGCAAUUUAGCUUUCUGGUGGAGUUAUCUUACUCCCCAUCAGUAAAAUACAGUUUUUGCAAUGGUUCUUUUGCUCAUGUGGUAUGGCCUCCAGAAAACUUUAACCCUUAAUAUAAUUGUAAGGAGGAAUUUAUAGAACCAAUAUCUUUAGUUUUAAAAAACAUUUUAACAUACGUAACUUCAAAAUAAAUUUUUUCUUAGCAAUAACAAUAAAUCUGUAAGUAACAAUGUUGGAAAGUUAAACAUCCUGAUUAUGUGUGUUUUAGUCAAUACUAUUUAAUGUAUUGCAUGUUGGGAAUUUAUAUUUGGUCUUAAGAAGUUUUUAGUCUUAUAAUUGAGAUUAAUGAACUAAAUAUGGAGAACUGUCAUAUUUUCAAUGGCAAAUUGGUUCAUAUUUGUGAUGUUCUUGUUAAAUGUUUUUUAAUGGUUCUAUUUAUCAAAAUACAGUUUAGAGAUGGUCUUGCAAACCUGAUAAAUUAAAACAAAUUGGAUGUUUUAACAGUAUUAUUAUUUGAGCAUGUAGUAUAUUUAUUGUUUUGACAUAUGAAAGUACAUGUGAAUCUAAUAAGUGUUUACUCUUCUGUUAUGAAUCAAAAAAUUGUUAGAAAUUUAGAUUUUCAUAAAAUUACCACCCCCUGAAAUGAUCAGUCCUUUCAAGUCUUUCCAAACUAAGCAUUUUUUGUUAUGUUUCAGAUUUUCCCAAUGUUACAGAUGUCCAACCUUCCUAUCUGUCUACUAAAGUGUAGUGACAUCUUAUUAAAUGAAAUAUGCAAAAUU